AUGAUAGAUGCGUUUGUGUUUUCCUUAGCUUCUUACGAAACCUCCGAUGACACCGUGUCGGCAAUUCUUCAGUCGACUGACGACCUCCCAGGAGGCGCCUUGGACCUGCUCCAUCUUGACAGCUUUCCGGGAGGUCGGCAUCCGCACGAGCCUGUAAUGGUUGGACGCAGCACGCACGGCCACGUUGUCAUCGCUUGCCGUGGAACCGCGGACGUAUGGGACGUCGUACAGGACCUCAAGUAUUUCCCUCGGAACGUUCAGGGUGUGGCUUCUGGAGGCACAGCGCACGCUGGUUUCGUCGAGCGCGCAGAGAGGGUGCCUCUGCAGCCGUUCCUCGACCUGCUCGCGGCUGGCCACUGCCUCGUCUUCACUGGUCACUCGCUUGGGGGAGCUGUCGCGUCACUCUUAACUCUCCGUUUCGUCGAAGCCGCGGAACAACAGGGUCUCUGCACGCAUGGCGGCCGGGUGCAGUGCAUCACGUUUGGCUCGCCGCUUUUCGCCAGUCCAGACCUCGCUGAUGUCAUUAACGAUAAACAUCGCGACGUCUACUGCCACGUGGUAUCGAAGCAUGACCUCAUCCCUCGCCUGCUACCGUUGGUGUCGCUCGUGCAGCGGUUGAAAGGCCGGGGAGCGGCAGCGGAGGCGCUGGAGACGUUUCGUUUGGUGCGCGUGAUUCUGGGCGUGGUUCAGCACGCAACGCGCCUGCCCGUAGCCAACAUGCUGCACGCCGCCGAGUCGUUCAUCCCGCCGCCCAUCCGCCUGCUUCUCACCAGCGCCAUUCAGCUGCUCUGGCCGUCACGCACUCCCGACCAGUACGCCUUCGCGGGGAACUUUCUCUUUCUGGACCCCGCGGCGCAUUGUGGCGACACGGCUGUACACCUGGUGCAAGCGGAGUGUUUAAGCGAGUGGCCGCGGCAGAUGGGUUUCGCGUUGUCGCUCAAUUUCAACUUCUUUACGCGCCAUCUCAUGGCGUCGUACCAACAGGGAGUCGCCAAAGGCAUUCGCUCCAGCCUUCUCUCGCGCCUCGCCGUUGGAGGCAUCGCGGCAGCAGCCGUUACCAGGUCGGGUUUGUCGGACCGAAAGAGGGGGACCGCGCGUGCGGCGGAGUUGUCGUGGCCGAUGGACGAGGAGUGGAGGCGGCGAGAGUGCGAGUGUGUGUGCUGCCGAGCGGUGCCUUCCGCUGCGGAGACCCGUGCGAGCGCUGACUCCUGUUCAGCGCGGCCGGGGCAGCACGCUCCGUGUUAUCCGUCGUCGCUGAUAAUUGACCCCGAAUCCGUGCACCUUGUACGGUCGCCGGACAGCGGAUGCGCGCCAUGCGACAAAGAGGAUACGGCCGAGCGGUUCUCUCCUCACUUGCCGAAUGCGUAUGCGAGGCCGGCAGCUGUAUUCUGCCCCUCCUGCUCGCGGCGCAGCAAGGCCGCGGUAGGCGGGAUGGUGUCUGAUCUGUGCGUGCGCAGGGGCACCAUGGUGUGUGGGCAAAGUGGCAAGGCAGCGCAUGUAGUGGGCGGUGUGGGGAAGGGCGGCAGGCAGGCGUGGAGCAUGGGCGUGCUGGUGUCGGCGGUGGUGCGAGUGUCGGAGCAGCUGAGGUCCAUGUCCACGUGGUCCUUCCUCUGGACCACCGUCAAGCUGCUGCUGGGCAGCCCGCUCUUCUGA